GAAUGCGCUUCAGUGACAGACGACAAAUGUAAACAAGUGCCAUCGCUACUAAUGGCCGAGACGUCCUAUUGUAAACCUCGGCCAAUGUCAUAGGCUUUGGCUAGCAGUACUUAGCCCGCAGACCCCCAUGACACCAUGUUAUAGGCGUGGGGUCGUUAUUACGGUGUUGGAGAGUAAAGGGAACUGGAGGAACAAAGCCGAGAGUUGGGCGCAGGAAAGACUUAACAACUUCUCCUCCUCCUCGGCCGAGGAGCUUCAGCUAUCAGUGUUGGAGAUGACGUUAUCCUUCCUUCUUCUCGACCAACACCGCUCGUCAAGAACUCCUGUAGGCUGAUGUAAGUUAGUUCAAGCAUCAUGGUAUGUGGUGGCUGGUGCCGUACCUUGAAUGGGGGUGAUCAACAGAAAUUACAGGAGAAGGAUAUGCUACCAGAGAAGAAACUUGAACCAUCAAAACUUCAGUCUAAUUCCAAAAGUCAGUGGGAUCAAGAUAUUCCAUUUCCAGAACUACCAUACCCAGUGGCUGCUUUGAUAGUGGGCUUUUGUGCUUGCAUAUGCUUUGUCAAUUCCAUAUAUGGAGACUUUGUGUUUGAUGAUUCAGAAGCCAUUGUUAACAACAAUGACAUCAGAAAAGAAACACCGCUCAGCAACCUCUUUUAUAAUGACUUCUGGGGUACGAGACUUACCCACCCUUCAAGUCACAAAUCCUAUCGUCCUCUUACAGUCCUUUCCUUUAGGUUAAACUAUUCUUGGGGAGCUCUGGAACCCUUCAGUUAUCAUGGUGUAAAUAUAAUCCUACAUUGCCUAGUAAGCAUUUUGAGUUUGAGAGUUUUCUUCAUUGUAUUUGGAAACAAUUCCCCCCGUGCUGCAGUCCUAUCGGCAGUCUUAUUUGCAGCUCAUCCUAUACACACAGAAGCCGUUUCGGGUAUCGUUGGUAGGGCUGACCUUUUGUGUGCUCUUUUUGUCUUUGUUGCGCUUCUAAGUUAUGUCCAAGGUGUGAAGGCAAUGACUGAAAACCUAUCCAGUAAGACAGUCAGCCACUAUUAUAUUUCUACAGGUAGCUCUGGUCAUGUCUUGCCAUACCUGUUAAUGACUGCUGGGUGCACAGCAACUGCAAUGCUCUGCAAAGAAGUAGGCAUUACAGCUCUGGGUUUAUGCAGUGCAUAUGAUGUCUUAUUAGCCCAUGGAGGUGUGAUUAGCCGUACUAUAAUUUCCCUGAUGAUUGGUUAUCAUCAUCGUGCCAUAGCCUUAUGGAGAAAUCUUCCAGCUGGUUUGGUGAGAGGAUUCAUCUGGCGACAUUUUAUUUUAGCUGUGACGGGCAUUGCUCUCUUGGUUGCACGUUGGGUUGUUAUGGGUUCUACAGUGCCAAAAUUUAUGAAAGUAGACAAUCCUGCAUCAUUUUUAGAAAGUGUUUUGUUCAGGAGUCUGAAUUAUCAGUACACAUACAGCAUGAAUGUGCUCCUUCUCCUACUGCCGAUAUGGCUUUGUUUUGAUUGGUCUAUGGGAUGUAUUCCGGUCAUAGUAAACCUCACCGAUCCAAGGUUGCUGUCACUUCCUGCUCUUUGGGUGUUGUUUGCUUUGUUGCUGAAACGAGGCAUGGCUCAGGGAAAGACCAAUCAAACCUCUAGAUGUGUAUUAAUGGGUUUAGCCUUAGGAAUUGUGCCAUUUCUCCCAGCCACAAACAUCUUUUUCCGUGUUGGAUUUGUGAUUGCAGAGCGUGUCCUAUACAUUCCAGUCGCAGGGUUUUGUGUGCUUGUUGUAACAGGCAUGAGGGAGCUAAAUGCAGUUGGUUUUGUUAACAAGAGAAUUCUUCAAGCUGGAUACAUAUUCCUCGUCAUAAUGUUUAUUUUGCGUUGCCAGCAAAGAAGUAGGGAUUGGCUAACAGAAAAACAAUUGUUCAGCUCAGGCCUAGAAGUGUGUCCUCUUAAUGCAAAGGUACACUACAACAUGGGGAAAGUAGCUGCUGACACAGGAGAUGUGCUGGAAGCUGUCAGAAGAUAUCGAGAAGCCCUUCAUCUGAAUCCUGAUUAUGAUCAAGCUAUGAACAAUUUGGCCAAUAUUCUCAAGGAUCAAGGUCAUCUAGAUGAGGCUCUCCACCUGCUUCAGCAAGCUACCACUCUACGCCCUGACUUUGCUGCAGCCUGGAUGAAUUUAGGUAUUGUACAGGCUUCCCUAGGAGACCAUCCAUCUGCUGAGAAUAGCUACCUUACAGCUCUCACCCACAGAUCAGUAUAUCCUGAUUGCUUGUAUAAUUUAGGUAAUCUGUACUUGGAAAAAGGAGAUCACACUGCUGCACUUAUGACUUGGACAAAUGCAACCACUCUUAAACCAUCAUUAGCAGUUGCUUGGACGAAUAUGCUGAUUCUGCUAGAUUCACAAGGGUUAUAUCAACCAGCUAUAGAAGUAGCGCAUAAGGCCCUAAAGCAUCUCCCAAAUGAGCCAGCCCUUCAUUUCAAUUUGGCCAACACACUUGGGAAACUGAGUCGUUAUGAGGAAUCAGAAUCCCAUUUUAUGGUGGCAACAAAUUUAGAUCCUCGCAAUGCAAAUUACUGGGCUAACUUGGGUGUUCUUUAUCACCGAUGGCGGAAGUAUGAUCUUGCAGAAAAGGCAUAUAUGCAUGCCUUACAGCUGAAUCCAUUGAUGAAAAGCGCUCAAGAUAAUCUUACCAUGCUACUUAAAGCCACCGGGAAAAUAUCCAGAUAGCAGAAGCCAAAAUAUGUAAAAGUUGUAACCAAACUAAAUAGUUCAUUUUAGUUGUGUAAGUUACAGAUAAAUGUUAUAGAUGUAUUUUCAUGUCUACAGAUAUUUAGUACUUAACUUGACUGUAACAUACGGCAAUGUUAGCUCUCAUUUAUUGAGAAAUUCCAUUUCUUGAAGCUGUGAAUUUAGUCGUAAAGAUAGAAACUUGGUAUAAGAAUAAUGCUCAAGUGCAUAAUACUGUACUUAAUUCAGAAGAAUCAUCUGAGCUCAAAAUUUUUUAGCAAAGACUAUAAAUAAUUUAAAGAAACAUCACAAAUUCAAACAUUUUUAUAUAAUGUAUUGCAGAGUAUUAAUUUAGAUAAAUAUCCAUUACUUUGAUGGAAGCUAAACUAUUUCAUUAUACACUGUAAAUGCUAAUUUUAUGUCCAUGUGACAGCUUUCUGGAUUUUCUGUUGUCAAGCCAAAUGUAAUAGUAGGGUAUUAAUUGUAGUGUGUUAAUUAGUAAAAGGUAAAGGAAGAUUAAAAUGGUAAGAGACAGAUGGAUCUCAGUGCAUCUAGUGGUUUGAGGGUCAAAUAUAUGUCACUCGUGAUAAAAGAAGUCAAACUGAGUAGAAUAACUGUAAUUUCUUUUAAGUAAAAUUUAUUUAUGGUGAUUGAUUUUUAUAAGUUUGGGAUAUGAUACUGAAGAAAAAUGGGUGCUGAUGUCAAUUUUCACCAUUUACCUGCAUUUCUGGGGUAACAAUGUUAAGUUGUGGGUGUUUAAAAGUUGAAAGGCAUAUUGAUAAUAAUUCAGAAACCAAGUUCACAUUAAGCAUAUAUUUUUAUUUGUAGAAAUAAUUAGUUAAGUAGGAGAUAAUAUGUAGAUAAUAUAGUAUUUUUAUUAUUUUUCAAUUUAAGAUUUGGGAAAGUUGCAAUAAAGGCAAAUUGUGUUAGGCAUAGUUAUUUAUAUGUACUGAACAGAAGUUGCACAGUGUAACUGCAGUGUACUGAAUGCACCCAAAAGACAAAAAAGAUUAUAUAUUAAAAAAAAAUUACAGAAAGCUUCCUUCAGCCUAUAUAUUUGAGUCAGUUUAUUUUGACGCUGUACCUGUAUCUCCAGUAUGGGAUGCCAUGAAGAAGAUAUACAAUUUAUUUUGUGAAAAUUGUUUAAUGUGGGUUUUGUAUACAAAAUCCUGUAUAUGAGGCAGUUUAGUUGAUAACAUAAGAAUAUGGAAUGAGACUAAGCAUUUUUUUUAUUCUACAGUGAAUAUAAACCAGUUACAUUAUAUUUACAGUUUUAUCACAUAUGCACGCGUGUAGAGAUGUUUGACACGCUGCUGAUGAGUUUUCUGAGUAAGUAUAUGAAUCUGCCAAUGUUUUGGAAGCUUUCUACAUAUGCAGUUCAUUCAUUAUGCAGCUGCUUGUGUGAAUGAGGCAGUGACCAUUGACUUUUAACCAUCUUUUCAGGAAAAUGAUAAAAUUUUUAUAUAUAUGUGUGUGUGUGUAUAUAUAUAUAUAUAUAU